AUUUUUAUUCAAUAGUAUAAAUACAACCCAUUCACUUUGUAAAGACCACAGUCGACACUGUUGGAUGACCACAGCACCACCAUGUUACAGCCAAGCCUUGCGAGGCUUGCACUCGCCCUGACUACCCUUAUUGUAGUCCCGGGUCACUCAUCAGCCUUCAUGGAUUCCACAUGCAACACCUCCGAUCAGUCCAUCCAUGGGCUCACCGUCACCACCAUCGACGGGUCCAAUACUUUCAAGCUGUCUGAAUACAAAGGCAAGGUCUUGCUGAUCGUCAAUGUGGCCAGCUUCUGAGGUCUGGCCUUCCAGUACCCCUUACUGAAUGCACUACGUAAGGAGUACGACGGCAAGGUGGAGGUCCUAGGUUUCCCUUGCAACCAGUUUCUACUUCAAGAACCUGCAGCCAAUAACGAGAUUCUGAACUUCCUCAAGUAUGUUCGUCCCGCGGGCGGUUUUGCUCCGACCUUCCCGAUGUUCCAGAAAGUUGAAGUGAACGGUGAAAAUGCCGACCCUCUGUAUAAAUCUCUCCGGGCCGCUUGUCCUGCUGUUAAAACAGAGAUUGGUGACCCGAAGAAUUUCUACUGGACGCCCAUAACCAUCAAUGACAUCACAUGGAACUUCCAGAAGUUUUUGGUUGAUCAAAACGGGAUACCAGUUAAGCGGUACGACCCCGUUGUAAUUCCAGCCAUGGUCAAGAACGAUAUCGACUCCUUGCUGCAGAAGAGAGACUAACAACUGAACAACAUACUUUUCCCGCCAACUACAAACAAUAUUUAAAUACUUCGCAACUCUUAAAUUCUCAAUUAUUUAAUACAUCCAACGUAUUACAUGUACACCAUUUUAGGCCUUAUAGCCGAAUACCACCGAGCCUGAGCGAGCAUUUCCGAACUAGUUAGUCGACUGGAUUGCUAAAGAUUUAGCGCGAUAUCAACUGUGAUAGGCAGUUGAAGUACAGUCGCUGAAUAUUGAUGUGCAAUGUCACAAACUGCGCGCUCACUAUAACUAAACCAUGUAAAACAACUUCGCAUUAAUAUACACACCGCCUAUUUCGGCAACUUUUUCCUUUUUAAUCUCCAUUUCAUGAAAUGAUCGUCAGUGAACAAGCAUUGAAAACUAUGCUACUUGUGUUGCUCUGAACAGAAACAUUAGAAUUGGUAACUAAAUCUUAAGAUGAUAAGAAUUCCAGCCACCAUAAAAACAAUGAAGUUGCUAAAAACAAAUUGAGACGUAUAUUUUUGUUUAGAAUUUUGUGUUUACUGAUAGCACUUUACACACAAAGUUUCCAAAGAAUUCCACAGAAUGAGAAGAUUUUUUUUUAACUGCUGGACACAACUCAUGACGAACCAAGCUAAAACGCCUUUUAUGGAAGAAGCUUUGUUUUGAAUUUUACUGGAUGACGUAUGUCCCUUGUGCAUUCGGGCAUGCGUAGAAGAGUAUUUGUGUUCCCAGCAUACCAAACAAAUUACAGCUUCUUACUUUGUCGAAUUCUCUGGUAUUUUAAAGGUAAAAAUUCAAAAUAUUUACGGUUUGUUAUUUUAUGUAUGAAAUAAAUUAAAAUGAUGCCUAACUUAA